CACUACUCCAUGCGCCACCAGUGUUAUUAUAUAGCAAAUUUGGCAGAUGACGCCGGUUUGCGCGGUUAAAGUUAUUAGAUUGACCUGUAAGCCUUCGUCAAACAUAUACCGACCUGAGAAAAAUAAACUAAUUAUUGAGAACCAUGAACAAAAGACAAUUUGGAUCGUCACAGACACCCGCGAAAAGGAGUAAAAUUGGAAAGGAUGAAGAUGAGGAUGACUUGCCAGGUUCUUUUGAGGCUGAAUUGGCCACUAUGAUGGAUGAUGACUUUGGAGACAUCACUGACAUCAAUGAUGAACAGCCGUCCACAAGUAUUUAUGUCGCUAGAGAACGACAGCGCGGUCCGGAGCAGGAGAACUCGAUGUCAAAAUGGCUACGUCCACCACCCCCGGACUUCAAUCCCCAGAAAGACACCCUGACAUUCCAGCAAAUUGAGAUAGAUCACUACACAGGUAAGGCGAUGGCCGGUAUGCCAGGGAACAAAGCCGGUCCAGUCCCCAUAAUGCGUAUGUUUGGAGUGACAAUGGACGGUAAUUCAGUCUGCUGUCACGUGCACGGGUUCUGUCCCUACUUAUUCGUCACAGCUCCCCUAAACUUCACCAACGACCACUGCAAGCCUUUCAAAGAAGCCCUGGAUACAGCUGUCAAAAAAGACAUGAGAUCCAAUCCCGAGAACGUGGUGGAUGCAGUACUAGCCGUGGAGAUAGUUCAUAAACAGAACUUGUACGGAUACUGUGGUGAGGAGAAGGCUCCCUUCUUGAAAAUAACAGUUGCUCUUCCGCGUCUCGUCGCCGCCUGUAAGAGACUCCUGGAGAAAGAGGUCGUCUAUUCAGCAUUCCACCACGAGUACACUGCAUUCGAGAGUAACAUCGACGUUGACAUAAGAUUCAUGGUGGAUACAUCAGUGGUAGGCUGUUCCUGGGUAGAACUUCCUCCUGGUACCUGGAAAAUUAGGGGAAAAUUUGAUCAUCAGUCGGUGCCAGUGACAUCCAGAUGUCAAUUGGAAGUUGACGUCGCCUGGGAUGCUUUCAUUUCUCACGCACCAGAGGGAGAGUGGUCGAAGGUGGCUCCUUUCAGAAUUCUGAGUUUCGAUAUCGAGUGCGCAGGAAGAAAAGGAAUCUUCCCUGAGCCCAAUCAUGAUCCUGUCAUUCAGAUAGCGAACAUGGUUAUUAAACAAGGCGAUUCAGAGCCCUUUCUCAGAAAUAUCUUCACGCUUGACACGUGCGCACCAAUUCUAGGAUGCCAGGUGCUCAGUUUCGAUACUGAAAAACUCAUGCUGGAAAAAUGGGCGGAUUUUGUGAGGCAGGCGGAUCCGGACAUAUUCACUGGUUACAACAUCAACAACUUUGAUUUUCCUUAUCUAAUUAAUCGUGCACAACAUCUGAAUGUUCCAAAUUUCGCAUUUUUGGGGAGAAUCAAGGAUAAGAGGAGUGUCAUCAAGGAUCAGGUUCUGCAGAGUAAGCAAAUGGGAAGGAGGGAGAAUAAGUUUGUGAAUUUUGAAGGAAGGGUACCCUUUGAUCUACUGCUCGUUCUUGUACGAGACUACAAGCUUCGAUCUUACUCUUUGAACGCAGUGAGCUACCACUUUCUUCAGGAGCAGAAGGAGGAUGUUCAUCACAGUAUAAUAUCAGACCUGCAGGCAGGUGACGCCCAGACUCGUCGACGAUUGGCUGUUUAUUGUUUAAAGGAUGCUUAUUUACCACUAAGGCUGCUGGACAAGCUCAUGUGCAUCAUUAUUUACAUGGAAAUGGCCAGGGUGACUGGCGUCACCCUGGCAAGCCUGCUCACCCGUGGACAACAGAUCAAAGUUGUCUCUCAAUUGCUGAGGCAUGCACGGGAACGAGAUUAUCUCAUGCCUGCUUACCAGGGACAGGUGUCAGAGGAGCAGUACGAUGGUGGUACUGUUCUCGAGCCGAAGAGAGGAUUCUACAACGAUCCAAUAGCAACUCUAGAUUUCAGCUCUCUGUAUCCCAGCAUCAUCAUGGCCCACAACAUCUGCUACACAACUUUGUUGACCGUUCAGACAGUGAAGAAGUACAAUCUCAGUGAUGAACAGGUCACGAAAACCCCGUCGAAUUCAUUAUUUGCCAAGGAGACGGUUCGAAAAGGAAUAUUGCCGGAAAUUCUGGAGAAUCUCCUCAGUGCUAGGAAGAAGGCAAAGGCUGAGCUUAAGAACGAGACGGAUCCACUUAAGCAGAAGGUACUUGAUGGACGACAAUAUGCUCUCAAGGUCUCUGCCAACUCGGUUUAUGGAUUCACUGGCGCUCAAGUGGGGAAGCUUCCUUGUUUGGAGAUAUCAGCUUCAGUUACAGCCUUUGGGAGAACUAUGAUUGAAAAGACAAAGCUCGAAGUUGAAGAACGCUUUUGCAUUAAGAAUGGAUACCAACAUGACGCUACUGUCAUCUACGGUGACACGGAUUCAGUUAUGGUGAAGUUCGGAGUAAAGGAAAUCGAGGAAGCUAUGAAGCUGGGCAAAGAAGCAGCUGAAUAUGUCUCGGAAAAAUUCAUCAAGCCAAUAAAGCUGGAAUUUGAGAAAGUUUACUUUCCUUAUCUACUUAUUAAUAAGAAAAGAUAUGCCGGCCUUUACUUCACGAGACCUGACAAAUAUGACAAAAUGGAUUGCAAGGGACUGGAGACAGUGAGGAGGGACAAUUGUCCCCUGGUCGCAAAUAUGAUGAACACUUGUUUGCAGAAAUUACUGAUUGAGAGAAAUCCGGAGGAGGCCUUGGAUUACGCUAAACAGAUGAUUAGUGAUCUACUGUGCAACAGAAUUGAUAUUUCCCAGUUGGUCGUGACAAAGGAGCUGACAAAGACUGAUUAUGCUGCUAAACAGGCUCACGUGGAGUUGGCAGCCAAGAUGAAGAAACGAGAUGCUGGAACUGCUCCAAAACUGGGUGAUCGUGUUCCCUACGUUUUUACAAGUUCAGCAAAGGGAACACCAGCUUACAUGAAAGCUGAGGAUCCUAUUUACGUGCUGGAGAACAGCAUUCCUAUUGACACGAAUUAUUACCUGGAGAAUCAGUUGGCAAAACCAUUGAUUCGUAUCUUUGAACCAAUUCUGGGGGAAAGGGCUGAAUCGCUACUUCUCAAAGGAGAGCAUACGCGGACCAAAGCCAUUGUUACGUCCAGAGUCGGAGCACUGGCCGCAUUCACUAAAAAAAAGGAGACUUGCAUUGGUUGUAAAUCAGUUUUACCGCCAGAGAGAGAGAAAAUGGCCCUCUGCAAGUAUUGUCAAUCUAAAGAAGUUGAAUACUAUCAGACUGAGCUGUAUGCUGGGAGAAAACUUGAGGAGAAGUUCUGCAGAUUGUGGACAGAGUGCCAGAGGUGCCAGGGGAGUCUUCACCAAGAGGUCCUCUGCACCAGCCGUGAUUGUCCUAUUUUCUACAUGAGGAAAAAAGUACAAAUGGAGCUGGAUACACAAAUGAAGAGGAUCGAUCGAUUUGGCGUGACUGAUUGGUAAUUUAAGUGCAUUUGCCAGCCAGUCCAUUGCUUGAUCGAGCCCUUCUCCCUUUUUCGCCGAUGUUUUGAAGAUCUGGAAUGUUCUGUUUUUCAGAGCAUCGAGACCAAGUGCCUGGUGAACUUCAGCUACACUUAAACACCCUGGCAUAUCUUGUUUAUUAGCCAGGACAACUAGGAUCGCUCCCUGGAGUUCAUCCUCCUGGAAAAUUAAUUAUUAUCACUCCACAAUGGAAUUGCGAAUUAAAGCUGUAUAUUUAUUGAAAUAAUACUUUGUUUAUGAAAA